UUCUUACAUAUGUUAUAGUUUAUUAAUCACUUGCGCUGCCAAUAAACUCACGGUUGCGUGUGCCGUGCGCUAGAAUAUAACACGCGUUGAGACGACGAAGUAAUCUGUCACUGCGUCUGCGAGUGCAACUUUUUAAGCUGCCCCUCAGUGCGCUGAUAGGGUGCAUCUUAUAUAGAGUUUUACACGGGUAUGAAUAAAUACUCAACAGCAUUUUAUUUAUUAGUCAUCUACUACUGUAUGGUAAAUUUCAAAAUAUUUUGGAAUAUGUAAUAUUACAAGGCUUUCCUUGCACUCAUUAGCCGAUGUGCAGCGCACGUCAUUUUUAUUUCUGCGACAAAUGCCCAUCGACGUGGUAUACACGUCACUGGCGAUUUUGAAACAAAAGCAUCUCGACACACGUGGCACGUCUUUCUAGCGCAAGUGGUUAAGUCACAAGUUCCGAUAUUACGCAAAGUGAUCUAGACAUACGAAUCAGUUAAGGACUACGUUAUUAUUAAAAAGUGAAUUUCAACUGAUAUCUAUUAUCUUAUUGAAAAAGAGUGUAUAUCUCUAUCCUUCGGAUCGUCUUUCGAUCUCACUGGCAUUGCCGAUAACAGCGUAUAAAUCGCGAAGGGAAGCUAAACUUCGUAGUAAUAGCUCCGACAGCGAAUUCACCGAUUUUGAAUUCAAAGCGAUAAUAUUCAAAAGGAGGGAUUUACAUAUUACAAAUCAAACGUGUUAUAUAUUUCCAUUGUUUCUUUUUCCAAAAAGAGAAACGCAUUAAUAUAUUUUUAAGAUGCAAAACGCGGAAAUGAAGAAGUAUCUUCAAAGUGAUGAAAUAUUCACUAAAAUAAGUAGCAUGUUCAUAUCACUACAAAUUGAUGAGGUAAAGAAAGUUAACGAGCAGUUAUUACCGGUAAUUGAAACGCUAAUAAAUCAUAUGAAAUCAGUGGAUUCACUGUUUAAAAAAAUGUAUCAAGAAAUUAUUUUCUGUGGUAGUUUCUAUAAAAGUACAAAAAUAGAGGCACCAAAUGAAUUUGAUCUCAACAUUACUUUAAAGCUCCCUAUCAACUAUAAUUACAUAAAUUGUUCCUCAAGUCGAGCAGGUUUUGUAAAAAUAUCUAUAGAAGAUAAUGUGCAGGCACGUAAUACAUCUACAUAUCAAAAUCUUACAAAUCAAGAAAUAAGACAACUUAACAAAUUAAUAUGUAAUAAUUUUGUGAAUCCAAAUACAUUUCGUUUCUGGAUUAAAGGAAUUAUAGACAGAGUUAUGACCAAGCUACAGAAGGUUGGAAAUAGAUACAGAUUACUAAUAAAUAAUUCUUAUACAGCAAACAUUACAAAAAGUGAAAGUGGACCUGCAAUCACAUUAAUAGUGAAUAUUCCACAUAAAACUGAGGAUAUAUGUGUUGAUUUAGCACCAUCCUUACCUUUUGAUAUAAAUGUCAUUCAAAGAUAUAUCCCAAAAUUUUAUGAACUUACAGUGUGUCGAAAUAAAAGAUGGUUUGCAAUUCCAGUACCAGUAUGUACUGAUUGCAAUGACAGUGAUUCUGAUUUGGCAUCCUUUUAUUGGAGAACUGCUUUUAGUCUUCAAGAAAAUGAGAUCCUUAAAAGAUAUGGUCGUGUAAAACAAGUUAUACGUUUCCUGAAGAAAUUAAGAGAUACACAAAACAUGAAGAGUAUAGCAAGCUAUUACAUAGAAACUACAUGUUUAAAUAAACUGACAGAAACAGAUAUAAUCGGUAUCGAAAUAGAUAUCGAUAGAAUAUCUUUAACAUAUUUCUUUUUUGAAAUGCUUAAAGAGUUACAACGUGUUUGUGAGCAAGGCAAGCUAGACUAUUAUUGGAAUAAAGAGUACAAUUUGUUAUCCAAAAUUAGCCAGAUGAAAAUGUAUAACAUAGCUCAACGUUUAAAAAACAUCAUUAAAGAUAUUGAAAAGAAUCCAACGGAUAAAUAUAUAUUGGCCAAAUAUAUUCUAAACUCGAGGGAAUUGUUGUUACUAAAGAACAACAUAACUAACCCAGGCAACACAAUUCAAAAUGACGAGAGAAACAAUGAUACAGACCAAACAAAUCAAGGCGGUUGUGUAAUUCUCUAAUUUUAUUGCCUAAAUUUGUUGCAAUAAAAUAUUACAUAUAUAUAUUCUUAUUAUAAUAUAUAUCAUAUAAUAUAUAUAUUAUAAUAAAAUUAUAACAACUAUACUUUAACUUAGCUAAUUCCGGAUUGAUCAAGAAUAAAUAAUUAACAGUGGUUUAAACUACAUUAGAAAAUAAUACAAAAAUGUUGAGUAAAAUUUUUUCAUAAGAUGCUUCAUUUUCGAAAAAAGCAAAUUUAAAAAUGUAUCCUGCGCGUUUAUCAGACCAGUUCGUAAUUACACAUGUUUACACUUUGUUUUCUUAAAAAUGUAGUCUUAAAUGAAAAAAGUUUAUUUUACAUUUUUUACUUAUUUUCACAUGUAUAAUAACCUUCUAUUGAUUGUUUGCUCAUACCUAGUGAGUACUUAGCCAAGUUAAAGUAUACUUUACAAAUUUUCAAUUUCGAUUUUCUCAGAGACAAAGUGUCAUAUGAAAAAAUUUUAUCCUAUCUAAUUCGACUUAUUUUUUCAUGUAGAUAUUCAAAUAAAAUAAUUAUCCCUAAGUUAAGAAAAUAUAUACUAAAGAAAUCAGUGUCUGUUAGUGUGAAAAAACCUCUUUGUAAUAAACAAACUCUAAUAUAUGGUAAGGUACUAUUAUUAUUAUUAUUAUUAUUGUUAUUAUUA